CACAGACACAAAUAGCAGUCUGACUUCCGCGCGGCAGCAGCGUGUCUGGAGUUUGAUGGACGGAUUUCAUUUGUAAAGACAGCAGUUUUCUCAGUUUUUCAUUUGUUUUGACCUCGAAAUGGUGAAACUGUCGGCUGAGCUGAUUGAGCAGGCUGCUCAAUACACAAACCCUGUGAGGGACCGAGAGCUGGACUUACGAGGUUAUAAAAUCCCAGUGCUUGAAAAUCUUGGAGCCACUCUCGACCAGUUUGACACUAUAGACUUCUCGGACAAUGAGAUCAGAAAACUGGACGGCUUCCCGAUGCUCAAAAGGCUCAAAACAUUGCUUAUGAACAAUAACAGGAUUUGUCGCAUUGGUGAAAAUCUUGAACAGUCACUGCCAAGCCUCACAGAACUGAUUCUCACAAGCAACAACAUCCAGGAGCUGGGUGAUUUGGAUCCACUGUCCUCAGUGAAGACAUUAACCCUUCUCAGUCUGUUAAGGAAUCCGGUAACGAACAAGAAACAUUACAGGCUCUAUGUCAUCAACAAAAUCCCUCAGAUCCGUGUGCUUGACUUCCAGAAGGUGAAGCUGAAGGAGCGCCAGGAGGCGGAGAAAAUGUUCAAGGGCAAACGGGGUGCUCAGCUUGCAAAGGAUAUUGCCAAGCGAACAAAAACGUUCACUCCUGGUGUGGCUGUGCAGCCUGAGAAGAAGAGGACGGGCCCGUCACAGGCAGACGUGGAAGCUAUCAAGAAUGCCAUUGCGAGUGCGUCGUCCCUGGCAGAGGUGGAGAGGUUGAAGGGCAUGCUCCAGGCUGGUCAGAUCCCUGGACGAGAUCUCCGACAAGGUCCAGCUGGGAUGGUGGAGGAGGAAGAGGAGGAGGAAGAGGAAGAGGAGGAGAACGAGGCUGUGCAGAUGCAGCAACAUAUGGAUGAAGGUGCAGGAGAGGAGGAGAUGGAUGAGGAAGGGGAAGAAGAUCAAGAAGAGGAUGAUGAGGAUAUGGAUGAAGAUCCACCAGUGAACGGCUCUUGAAUACCCUGACUCCAUUUCUAUUUGUUUUGUAGUUGUUUUGUUUUAUUCGGGAUACAUUAAAUCUGGUUUGUGUUGUUUUUUUAAAACGGUGUGUGCUGGACCAGUUUUGUUUUUUGUAUUCACUGGUCAGUGGACAUUCACAGUUGAACCAGUUCACCUGUAUAAUUUGUAAAUUUACUAGAUUGUAAUGCACACAUGUAUAGAUUUUUUUUUUUUUUUUUUUUUUUUUUUUUUUUUAAAUCACUGAGGCAAUGUUUUCUGGCUGCCAAGUAAAACGGACACCCUCUGGUUAGGGCUGGGCAAUAAGGACAAAAGAAGUAUCUCAGUAUUCUUGUCCUAAUACCUCUGUCAGUACUGUUGGGAUGAUUAUUGUUGGUUUCCUAAGUUAUUUCCCCAGAGAUUUUUGAUAAACAGUUAUUAGUAAUGUGGAUAUGAUGACCACGAUGGUAGAAGUAAAUAAUAGAUCAGGUACAACAAUCUAAUGUGUUGAGAAAACUGCAUCCCUUCAAUCUACUGCAGCCUCUAAAACCAGGAAAAGACAAAAUACCAUAUCACAGUACCGUAAUACUCAAAAUUCCAUAUAUCUAGUCUUACAUCACGAUAUUGAUAUUGAUAUAUAUUGCCCAGCCCUGUCUGAUAUUCACAACUUUUCUAUUAUGUAACCCUUUGCUAUGUGAUUUUUGUUUGAUAUUUGAAUAUCAGACCAUAAAUAAUAAAUGCAUCACAUUCUCA